AUGGCCCCAGCCACCCGUCCUCUCCUCUGUGCGGCUCUGCUGCUGCUGCUGCUGGCCACCAGCCGCCAGGCUACAGGGGCGCCUGUCGCCAACGAGCUGCGCUGUCAGUGCCUGCAGACCAUGGCAGGGGUUCACCUCAAGAACAUCCAGAGCUUGAAGGUGACGCCCCCAGGACCCCACUGCACCCAAACCGAAGUCAUAGCCACUCUCAAGGACGGUCGUGAAGCUUGCCUUAACCCCGAAGCCCCCAUGGUUCAGAAGAUUGUCCAAAAGAUGCUAAAGACGGUUACCCCCCAGUGACAAAGAAAGAAGUAAGAUUGCCAUGGUGACGCCUGUGGAUGCUGGCUUCUGACAACACCGGCUUAACACACUCCGUGGUUUCUUAUGAGAGCCCUAUUUAUUUAUGUAUUUAUUUAUUUCACAAGGCUGUGUGUUUUUAUUUCACAUUAAUAUUUAACGAUGUGGAUGUGUUUCAUCAAUGGUAGUUCAGAUCUGAUUGUUCACUUUGAAGAUGGUAGGCUUAAAAUAUCUCAUUAAACUAAUAUUUAUUGGGAGACCAUUAAGUGUCAACCACUGUGAUAGAAGGGUAUGAUGGGGUGGGAAAAAAAAGCAGAGAGAUGAUAGCAUAUGAUCAUGUUUUGUAUUAGGUGAGAGAAUGUGUGGGAAUCUAUAUUUGUAUGUUUUAAAAAGAAUG